UUGGGUUACGAAAACCUUACAAGUAAAAACGCUGUUACUAGCCUAGUAUUAGACAAUAUAUUAAAACAAGUUCCUUAUAGACGCACAAAAUAAUAUGGCACUUAAAAAACUUAGUAUCGAUAAAGUAGACGUGAAAGGUAAAAGAGUUUUAAUGCGGGUUGACUUCAAUGUUCCACUGAAAGAUGGCAAGAUCACAAACACUCAAAGAAUUGUGGCGGCUAUCCCGACCAUCAAGUAUGCUCUUGAUAAAGGGGCCAAGUCGGUUGUCCUGAUGAGUCAUCUUGGUCGACCAGAUGGUCAGCGCAAUGAAAAGUUCUCGUUGGCUCCUGUGGUUCCUGAGCUGAAAAAGUUGCUUGGAAAAGAUGUAAAGUUCCUGUCUGACUGUGUGGGAGCAGAGGUGGAGGCUGCGUGUGCUAAUCCAGCUCCUGGUUCAGUAAUUUUGUUGGAAAACCUCCGCUUCCAUGUGGAGGAGGAGGGCAAGGGGCUGGAUGCAGCAGGACAGAAGAUAAAAGCAUCAAAAGAUAAAGUUGAUGCUUUCCGUUCCUCACUUUCCAAGCUUGGUGAUGUUUAUGUUAAUGAUGCAUUUGGCACUGCCCACCGAGCCCACAGUUCCAUGGUUGGCUGUCAGUUGCCCCUGAAAGCUGCAGGAUUUCUUCUCAAGAAAGAACUUGAUUAUUUUGCUAAGGCACUGGAGAACCCAGACAGACCAUUUCUUGCCAUUCUAGGAGGAGCAAAAGUUGCAGAUAAAAUUCAGCUAAUUGAAAAUAUGUUGGAUACGGUUGAUGAGAUGAUAAUUGGUGGUGGCAUGGCCUUCACCUUCCUCAAGGCCACUAAAGGAAUGGAGAUUGGUAGUUCCUUGUUUGAUGAUGAAGGAUUCAAGAUUGUUGGACGGCUCAUGGAUAAAGCUGCUAAGAACAAAGUAAAGAUCCAUCUUCCAUCAGAUUUUGUCACGGCAAACAAGUUUGCAGAGGAUGCUACUGUAGGGAAGGCAACCAUUGCUGCUGGGAUUCCUGCUGGCUCAAUGGGUCUUGACGUGGGUCCUGAAUCAAUAAAACUUUUCACAGAUGCUAUCGGCAGAGCAAAGACGAUUGUUUGGAAUGGGCCACCUGGUGUUUUUGAGUUUGCUAAUUUUGCCAGUGGAACAAAAGCUGUUAUGGAUGCAGUAGUCAAGGCAACUCAGCGUGGAUGCACAACAAUCAUUGGUGGUGGUGACACAGCGACAUGUGCCGCUAAAUAUGGAACCGAAGACAAAGUGAGUCACGUCAGCACUGGAGGAGGAGCCAGUCUUGAACUGUUCGAAGGUAAAGAACUUCCUGGGGUGGCAGCUCUCUCUGAAGCAGCAUGAAAUAAUGCAAGACAUUUGUUACACUGCUCACUUUGAUAGUCUACUCUGUUAGUGCCAGACUUGAAAAUGUCUUUCUGUGAAUUUGAAAAUCACACGGCAAUGUGAGAGAUUCAGUGAUUUAAAGAUUUGGUGGUAUUUGUAAAAUAUACACUGAAACAAGUUGGUUAUGCUGUGGUUUUGGUUAUUGUUUAACAGUACGAAAUGAGAUCACUUAUCAUCUUGAUCCGUUUCUUCAAGAUUUCUUACAUAUUUCAGUUGCUGGCAACUGAUUUUCCUGUUCUUGACAGUCUUCCAAUAGGUUGUCACUGCUAUUAAUUAUUAGCGUAUUUAAAAAGAAAAGAAUAUUCAAGUUAAAAAUUAAAUUAAUAAUGUGAUUUCAUACCACAUUGCUGUACAUGUCAACUUUGCCAUCAUAUCAGACAUAAAUUUUGAAAUGAAUUAUGUAAAUAUGUUUACAUGUUACUGUCUUUUUUUAUAUAUCUUAAAAGAUGUCUUUCAGAGUUGUAUGUUUCUAAUACUAGUAGCUUACAAAAGUCUACAGCAUAUUAUUUUGCAAAAUCUGACACUGUAAAAACAAUUUUUUUUCAACUGAGAAAGUUCUACAUAAGGAAGCGAAAAUGUGUGUUGCAGUUUCCUUUAUGUUUAGUUUUAUCUGUUUUUAUGUUUAUUAUUAGGUUUAUUACUCACUGGAAAUUAAUUUGCAUUGCAGUUUAUGUUCUGAGCUGUGUGUUCUGGUAGGUUCAGUUAAAUGUUGACAAGCUUACUCAAUAAAACUACUGACUUUUAAAGAUUAGCAGACGUGUAGUAUGAAUAACAGCAAAUGUAACCGCAGUCUCUUUUAAAACAAAUUGCUCUUAAGAAACUAUUAACACUAAUACAUUUAAAAGAAUUGUUUUUGAAAAUAAGGUUAAUAAUUUUCCAACUAUACUGGCGUCCAAAAGAAAUUUUAUAAGGCUUGAAAUUGUAUUAUAGAAAACCAACAAACGAUACGGUAGGAUAUGAAGGUAUGAUGAAGUUUGAUAUCUAAAUUUCACAAUGCACUUUGUAAUGCAUGCAUGCAAAAUGUUUGUAAAGUCGUUUCCAAAUUGGUUAUGUUCUAAAGGUUUUUUUGGACGUCGGUAUAUUUUACCAAUUAUCGUACAUAUUUUUAUUUGAUAAUCUACAAUUAUGUUCCUGUAGUUGAAAAUGUUUUGUUUUUAGGAAUUUUGUAUACACCAGUGAAACAUUUUGUUAUUUGCUACCAGAAUUGUAUGUUGUUGUCAGUAUUUUGUGUUGCUCUGUUGCAUAUUAUUAUUUAUAUGUAAGAAUAUGUGGAAUGUUAAGAAUAUUGUUAUUGGUUUUAACUAUAGUAUGCUAUCUCCUGCUGUAGUAACAUUUCUGGUAGGUUACCAAAAAAACAACCCAACCUAAGCUACGCAGAACCAUCUGCAGUAAUAAAUCAUCAUCAGAU